AUGGCAAGAGCAGGAUUCGUCCGGAUUGUGACCGUUCUGAUGAUCGCCGUUGCGGUUAUGAUUCAGGUGCUUGGCUGCGGAGUGGAGUCUCGGCCGUUGAAUAUAUUGAAGCGGCCCGAUGCGCAGAGUGGCGGGAGCUGGUGGGCCGAUGCGGCCUUUUGGGAGGGGUUGGCCCUUGGGGCGGUGAAGCAAUCGGGGCCCAGCCCCGGCGUUGGGAACAGCUUCACCAAUGCUGCCAAUGAUGGUCCCAGCCCAGGAGUGGGACACUGA